AUGUCGCGCAAACAAGUGGAUCAGCGCAUCCAGACGCUCAUCCGCAAUGGCCUGCAAGAGAAGAAGAGAAGCUUCUUCGUCGUUGUCGGCGACCGCGCCAAGGAUGUCAUCGUCCAUCUGCACUACAUCAUGUCCAGCAUGGACAUUAAGCAGAACAAGUCGGUGCUGUGGGCGUACAAGAGCAAGCUGCUAGGAUUCACCAGCCACCGGAAGAAGCGUGAGCAGAAAAUCAAAAAGGAAAUCAAGCGAGGCAUCCGCGAAGCCAACACCGAGGAUCCCUUCGAGCUCUUUGUCUCCUUGCACAACAUCCGCUACACCUACUACAAGGAGACGGACAAGAUCCUUGGCAACACCUUCGGCAUGUGCGUCCUGCAGGACUUUGAGGCCCUGACCCCAAACAUUCUGGCCCGCACCGUCGAGACGGUCGAAGGCGGCGGCCUCGUCGUCAUGCUGCUCAAGGGCAUGAGCAGCCUGAGACAGCUCUACAACCUAUCCAUGGACGUCCACUCGAGAUACCGCACCGAAGCGCAUACCGAUGUGGUGGCCAGAUUCAACGAAAGGUUCUUGCUGUCCUUGGGCCGCUGCGAGUCGUGCCUCGUCAUCGACGAUGAGCUCAACGUCUUGCCCAUCUCGGGCGGCAAGGAUGUCAAGGCCUUGCCCCCUCCAGACCUGGACCAGCCGAAGACGCCGCAACAGGUCCAGCUGGACAGCAUCAAAGACGACCACCGAGAACGGGAACCGGUGGGGUCCUUAAUCUCCCUCGCAAAGACGGUAGAUCAGGCCCAGGCGCUCCUCAUCUUCACAGACGCCAUCGCGGAGAAGACGCUGCGGAGUACCGUCGCCCUGACGGCCGCCAGAGGUCGGGGCAAGUCAGCGGCCAUGGGCGUCGCUGUCGCCGCCGCGGUUGCGCACGGAUACAGCAACAUCUUCAUCACCUCGCCGUCGCCGGAAAACUUGAAGACGCUCUUCGAGUUUGUCUUCAAGGGCUUCGAUGCGCUCGGAUACACCGACCACGCCGACUACUCCAUCAUCCAGAGCACCAACCCCGACUUCAACAAGGCCAUUGUCCGGGUCAACAUCCACAGGCAACACCGCCAGACCAUCCAGUACAUCAGGCCACAAGACGCCCACGUCCUGGGGCAAGCGGAGCUCGUCGUCAUCGACGAAGCAGCCGCCAUCCCGCUCCCCCUAGUCCGGAAGCUCAUGGGUCCGUACCUGGUCCUCAUGGCCUCCACUAUCAAUGGUUACGAAGGUACUGGCCGGUCGCUGUCCCUGAAGUUGAUCAAGCAGCUGCGCGAGCAGUCUCGAUCCGCCUCCACGAAUAGUGACUUGCAGCUGGCCGAUCGGUCGACCGGGAAGGCGGCGAAAUCCGACGAAAACCAGGCCGCCAGGAAGCUGCGAGAAAUCACCCUCGCAGAGCCAAUCAGAUACGCACGCGGCGAUGCUGUGGAGAAGUGGCUGAACAAGCUGCUGUGUCUCGAUGCCACAUUGCCCAAGUCCAAGUCGAACAUCCACGGGUGUCCGGACCCGUCGCAAUGCGAGCUCCUCGUCGUCAACCGCGAUACCCUCUUCUCCUUCCAUCCCGUCUCUGAAGCCUUUCUUCAGCAAAUGGUGGCCCUGUACGUGGCAAGCCACUACAAAAACUCACCAGAUGAUCUGCAGCUCAUGAGCGAUGCUCCAGCCCACGAGCUGUUCGUCCUGGUCCCGCCCAACGUUGAGGGCAGUGGAAAGCUCCCCGAGCCCCUGUGUGUUAUCCAAGUCGCGCUCGAGGGAAAAAUCAGCAGGCAGAGCGUGCUCAACAGCCUGAGUCGGGGGCAGCGGCCGUCCGGCGACCUGAUACCCUGGCUCGUCAGCCAACAGUUCCAGGACGAGGACUUUGCAUCUCUCUCCGGUGCUCGAGUUGUCCGGAUAGCGACGAACCCCGAGUAUGUGUCCAUGGGCUACGGAACAAAGGCCCUGCAACUCCUGAUCGAUUACUACGAGGGUCGCUUCGCCAAUCUGUCGGAAGACGAGGACCAAGUCAUGGAGGACAAGGUGCGUCGGGCGACGGACGCCGAGUUGGCCAAGACAUCCCUGUUGGAGGAAGAGAUUGCCGUCAGGGAUCAGGCCCAGAUGCCGCCUCUCUUCGCAAAGCCCCACGAGAAGAAGCCCAAGGCUCUCGACUACCUCGGCGUCAGCUACGGGUUGACACCCUCGUUACUCAAGUUUUGGAAGCGGUCCACCUUCUCACCAGUGUAUCUGCGUCAAACGGCCAACGACUUGACGGGCGAGCACACGUGCGUCAUGCUUCGGCCGCUCGAGAAUAGCGAGGACAGGACGUGGCUCGGAGCAUUUUCGAGGGACUUCCAAAAGCGGUUCCUGUCGCUACUGUCGUAUCAGUUCCGGACAUUCCCAGCAAUCACGGCCCUGAGCGUCGACGAGUCGGCCAAUGUCGGCGCCAAGCUCGACUCGGUCGAAGUCGCACCUUUGGACAAGGUGGAACUGGACAGACAACUGACGCCAUUUGACCUGAAGCGCCUCGAGUCGUACGCGAAUAACAUGCUGGACUACCACGUUAUUCUCGACAUGAUCCCCACGAUAGCCAGCCUGUACUUUACCGGGAGGUUAAGGGCCGACAUCAAGUUGACGGGUGUCCAGCAGUGUAUCCUGCUGGCCAUCGGGCUCCAGCGCAAAGACAUGGACACCGUGGCACAGGAACUGUCCCUGCCUUCGAACCAGCUGCUAGCCAUGUUCAUCAAGGUCCUUCGCAAGGUAACGACGCAUUUCGGCUCUCUCAUCUCGGCGGCCGUCGACGCGCAGCUGCCACAGGUCGAGAAGCUGGGAGUCGCGAGGGAGGACGCGAGCGGUGCGCACGACGACGAGGUUGUCGACGAUCGCUUUGUCCCGCUAGACACGUCGCUCGAGGCCGAGCUGGAGGAGGGUGGCAACGAGGCGCUUCAGGCGCUGAGGCAAAAGCAGCGGGAGCUCAUCGACUCCCUGCCCCUGGACCAGUUCGAGAUUGAGGGCGACGCGCCCGCGUGGGACGAGGCAGAGAAGCAGGUGCGCAACGCCGCCAAGGAAGGGAAAGCGAAGCCAGUCGUCAGCGUCAAGUCCAGCAAGCCCAAGAGGAAGGCCGGACCGACUGCAGCGGAGAUCUACGAAGAGGCCAUGGGGGACUCGUCACGCAAAAAGGCAAAGAAAGGGAGGAAGUCGGCUUGA